AGCUGAGGCUGAAUCUGGCCCUGGCAGCGUCACUGUGCACCAGCGCAGCACACAAGCGGAGGCGGGCGGCAGCUCCAGGCUGAGCCUGCAGGAGCAGGACGGGCGGCUGCAGAGGGCUCUGGCAGCAUCUCACAGUUGGAAGGAGACAAAUCUUUUUAUCACAGUUAUCUGUGAUUUUACUUAAAAACAGACCAAAGAUGCUAUGAGAAGGCAGAAUGGAAGAAUUGCAAAGAGGAGAAGGCAUAUGAGUGAAAAGGGGGAAAGUCCCUGAGCUGGUGACUUUGGGAGGGGGGAAGAAUUCACUGAGGCAGAGGUUGAGAAGAAAGGAAGAAGCUGAGCCUGGGAGUCCAGACCCAGAGGAUAAAUGCUCAGACACCAUGCAGCAACCGGGAACGCUCAGCCACGGGGACCACACUGGGAGAGGAGCCCAGUCCCGAGGCUUGCUUUGGAGGAAGGAAUUGGGCUCAGCUUGGAGGCUGCUGCUGGCCCUGCUUCUGAUGUGCCAUUUGGGAGAAACGCAGCUCCAAGGGCCAGGAUGCUCCUUCAGUACAUGAGUGACUGUGGCUCCUCUGGGGAAAGGAGACGAAAAGGGUUUUUAGCCGUGGCUUCUGGCAAUAGCAUUGGUUGAUCGCUAAUGGCACUGGUCCGUCUAUCCACAUGAAACCCCUUUCUGGAGGCAAGGCCAUAGCGAUGGAGCCUGAGUUAAACUGCAUUCUCCAGGACAGGCCAGUUCAAGCCCAGGAUUUGAUUUUGAGUUGUGUUUUUUCCUUAGGGAACAAUGAUGAUUUUGUGACUACUGCUACAUCUGGGUUAUACCAAAACCCACCAUAACAGAGGACCACGAGACAUCUGAAGGUGUGAGCAAGUUAGUACCUGCCAGGGUGCAGCCACUACCCUUCACGCCAGUGCUAAAGACCCAGUGUGCACAUAUCAGGGAGGAGAAACACCAGCUCCAGGGCACACCAUAGUCUUUUAGUCACUCUUCCAGAUGUGCACUUCCAGACUGCAAGUUGAUUAGAUGACUUGGCUCAUUCCUCUGAUCAUUAAUCUCUCUGCACAAUUAUAUUUCUAUAAUUUGUUUAUGGAUGCCACGUUGCUACUUCCAUAAAACAGGUUUAUGGGAUUUUCCCUGCCCCCACUUUGUAAAUUGCGGUCUGUAAAAUGUAGAUCAAUUUAUCGCUGACCAUUGCCCAGUUUUAUGUUAAUGUUUGAACAUGGCCAUAAAAAAAUUACAUCAUCUUACCUCCAACCAACUUUUAGGGCAGAAGGACCUAUAAAACCAAGCUCUGCUUACCAGCAAGGCACCUUCUCUUGUGUUGGGAGCACAGAGAGCCUCUCCAUCAUGAGCUUCACCGGAAAGUACGAACUCCAGUCCCAGGAAAAUUUUGAGCCUUUUAUGAAAGCCAUUGGGCUUCCCGAUGAGCAGAUCCAGAAGGGCAAGGACCUCAAGAGCAUCUCGGAAAUUGUGCAGGAUGGGAAUAAGUUCAAGGUUACUGUGACCACUGGCUCCAAAGUGCUGCACAAUGAGUUCACCAUCGGGGAAGAGUGCGAGAUGGAGUUGCUGACAGGAGAGAAAGUCAAGGCUAUUGUUCAGAUGGAGGGUAACAACAGACUGGUUGCAAACCUGAAAGGGCUGAAAUCCGUCACCGAACUCAGCGGAGACACCAUCAUCAAUACACUGACUGUGGGAGACCUCACCUACAAGAGAAUCAGCAAGAGAAUCUAGACACCGUGCAUACACCAAUCAUUUUACUGUGUAAAAUGUGUCCAUUAAAGUAAAAUUUCUAUUAAA